GCGCAUGCGCAGUGCGCCCCAAGCUGAGAGUCGGAGAGACGGGGCUCGAGCGUCCGCACCGUUCAGCGAGCACCGGGAACAAAAACGGAAUAAAACACCGAUCUGCGGCGAGAUCCAGCGUCCGGAGAGCAGCGAGCCCCGCGGACUGUGAGCAGGACCGCAGCGGGAGGAGAGCGGAGGCAGGCGGGGGUCGGUAGACCGGGAGCCUGCCUGUCUGUCCGCCUGCAGACGGUAAGACAAAGCGGAACGAAGCUGCUGCUUUCACACAGCGUUUAAACACCGGAUCACAGUGCUGGAUUCUCUUAAAAUGAGCGAUUAUCAAACGGAGUUCUGAAUGUAGAGAGAACUGAGGACGGAGGACGGAGGACUGAGGACGGAGGACUUGGCCGUGUGAAGGUCCAGAUGUUGGCCUGCUGAUGAUGCUCCGUGUUCUGACAGACAGCAGACACACUGACAACACUGUCCCUGACAGACUGAACCCAGGGCUGCACUGAAGGGCUGCACUGAAGGGCUGCGGAGGACAGACUGAGGGGACAUUUAGAGACAGAACAAAGCACUCUGAGUUUGGAUGUAACAAGGACUGAAAGGACGACAUGACGUCCCCAAGGUGGACCCGACUCCCUGUCCCGUUGGUCCUAGUCCUGUUCCAGGUUCUAGUCCUGGUCCUGUCCCGCUCGGUGACUGCGGCUCGCUCUGACAGAAACAUGGUGUCAGAGGAGUAUGUGGGCGCCACAGUGAACGCCACGGUGCAGGAUAGACGAGGAAACACCGUCCACGCGAUGAGCAGCGACGAUGGGAAGUAUGGACAGAACUCACCAAAAGUCGACACCAGGGGCGUUGUCAUCGUUCCGGUGGCGCAUCACGGAGUGGUGGACCGGCAGGGCUGUGACCCCGGUACUCGUUUCCUGGUCCCCCCUCGGGUUGGCCACUGGGUGGCGCUGCUGCAGAGAGGCAACUGCACCUUUAAAGAGAAGAUCCUUAACGCGGCAGCCUCCAACGCCACGGCCGUCCUCAUCUACAACAACUCCACAGACGAGACGGUCAAGAUGGGACACGAAGGAACUGGUGACACGGUGGCGGUGAUGAUCACGGAGGCGUAUGGUAAAGAGAUCCUGGCUCACCUAGAGAGGAACCUGACGGUCCUGGUGUCAGUGGUGGUGGGUCAACGUGGUCCCACCAAAAACAUCAACCGAGGCUCGCUGGUCUUCGUCUCCAUCUCCUUCAUCGUCCUCAUGAUCAUCUCGUCGGCCUGGCUCAUCUUCUACUUCAUCCAGAAGAUCCGCUACACCAGCGCCCGCGACCGCAGCCAGCGUCGUCUUGGUGAUGCAGCGAAGAAAGCUAUCGGGAAGUUGACCACAAGGACGGUGAAGAAAGGAGACAAGGAGACGGAUCCAGAUUUCAACCACUGUGCAGUGUGUAUUGAAGCGUACCAGCUGAACGAUGUGGUUCGGAUUCUGCCCUGCAAACAUGUCUUCCAUAAAAUGUGUGUGGACCCCUGGCUGAAUGAGCACUGCACCUGUCCCAUGUGUAAACUCAACAUCCUCAAAGCUCUGGGCAUCAUGACCAGUCUUCCCUGCGUGGACAGCGUGGUGUUGGACGUGGAGCGUCUGGGCGUCAGUCAGGCGUCCGGCAGUCAGAGGGCACCACUGAGCGACAGCAACCAGCCGUCCAUCAGCCUGGCACCGCUCAGUCCCCCCCAUGCUGAAGCCACGCCCAGAACACCUGCUGACAUCACCAUCGCUGUGACCAGCGGCGGCCAUUUCUUUAACAGGAACUCGAUGUCUCCGCGUAGCGUCGUCUGUGAGAUGGAGCUGCCGGACAUCCAGGCCUCGCUCGACCUCUACGACGACAACAAGUCCUGAGGCCCAUUGCCAUGGUUGUGACCCCCCUCCCAUCACCACCACCUCCACCGACUGAUGGACCGAUGACCUUUUAUGGACGCAGAAAGUGUUCACAAAGUGUUUCCUGUCUGGAGGGGGAUCUGAUCUUUUAAACAUAAUUUAUUCCAUCAGACUUUCUUCAGACUUUCUUCAGACUGAACCUGGUCUGGAUCCCGGUCUCAGUUUAGACCCGUUAGCUCGACACUCUCAUGUUUUUAUUUGCCCUAGAAGAAGAAAAACUUUGGAGGUCUUGGAGCUGGUAGCUGGGUCAAAUCAUUAAAAAUAUGUUUUAAAACAGAGAACUGAACUUCAGAUCCAAGUCCAGCCCAGGAACCAGAACUGCGUACCUCUGGUAAAACUGGAGGUAAUGUUGUUGAGCACCCAGAAAAGUUCCUGGAGAAGUAAAAGCGCCCUUGUGUUCUUGGAAAACUUCCUGAAUUUCUUAAUUAUUGGAAAGGUCCUGAGUUCCUAAAAAGGUUCCAGAGUUUUUGUAAAGUUUCAGGGCUCCAUACAAGGAUCCUGGAACAGUUUCUGAGUACCUUAAAAGGCUCCUCUACAAAGUUCCUGGAUUCUAAGAUGUUCUAUAAAGACUUUCCUUAGUUUCAGCUUCCCAGAUUCCAUAAAAAGGCUGAAACAUUUAUUGGAUUCUAAAAAAGCUUUUGGAAAAGUUUUGCAGAUCCUAAAAAGGUUCCUUGGUUCUGGAAAAGGUUUCUGUAAUACUUAUUCAAAAAGUUUUUAACCCCUUCCUGUAAUGCGGUUCUGUAAAUGUCCCUAAGGUUCUGGAAACAUUUCUGGGGUAUUGGGUUCUCGCAGUCCUUUGUACCUAAAAAAGGUUCCUGGAAAAGUUCCUGAGUGCCUAAAUACUUUCUGGAAAGGUUCUUAAAAUGGUUCUGUGGUUUCCUGGAACAGUUCUUGAGGUCCUAAAAAUGUUUUGAAACAUUUCUUCCUAAAAAAGUUCCUGAAAUGAUUAUUGAGGUUCUGAAACGGUUCCUGGAAAGGUUCCUGAGUGCCUAAAGGGUUCCUAGAAGGGGUUUUUUUUAACCUGUGCUCCUAGAAGAGUUUCUAAUGUUCUCAAAAGGUUCCAUGGUUUCCUGGAAAAGUUCCCGAGCUCCUAAAAAGCUUUAGGAAACAUUUCUUCCAUCAAAGGUUCCUGAAAUGGUUCUUGAGGCUUCAAAAAGGUUCCUGGUGUAAACAUAUGUACCUGAGACUAUCCUACCUGAAUCCAAAUGGAUCUGAGAAGAACCAGAACCCAGAAAACGUUCCUGUGUUCAGUGUUUUCUGAUGUUCUAUGUUCAGUCAGUCGUAACUCUGUAACCCGACCCUCUGAGUGGCUGAAUGAAGAUUACGUCAUUAACAGACUGGACUCCUGUCAGAGUCGGGAGUCUGUCUGAAGACCUGGACCUGGAUCAGAACUUCUUGACUGUAAACACUGACUGAGUUGGUUCUUCCUGUCUAUCAUGAGACAGGAACCAGGACAAGAGGAACCCAGGUCCUUUCUGGAGGAAACAAUCAUGUGAACAUUAAAGUGUUAACUACCCUGUAGCUGUUUCUCUGUAGAACAAAGAGACGUUAGAUUUAAAGGAACAGUCCAACAUUUCAGUAAACUUCCUGUUCUCUCUGCUGGAGUUCUACAGGGAGGCGUCCUGGGUCCUCUGCUCUUCUUCUUGAACCUUUAUAGAGAUUUAAAUGUGAGUCCAUCAACAUGUUUGAAACACUGUUGUUCUCAUCUCAGAUGAGUAGCCUAGCUUAGCAAAAAGUCUGGAAGCAGGGGGAAACGGUUAGCACGGUAAGCUUAGCUCCAGAUAAAGGUAAAAUUAACCCUAAUUUGCAUCUGGUUAGCUAAAGGCUGGUCAGCAGUCCAUCCUGUAGUCAGCUGGUUAAAUUGACAGAAGGUCCCCAGGCCUGUGAGCCAAUGAGAUGAGAAUGAAGUCACUUCCUGUACUGACACAAAAACCCAGUAGGUUCACUUUCAUCAGCUUUUUAUUGCUCAGAAGUCAAGUUUCCAUCCAAAUGAAACUCAGUCAGGAGUCAAAGUUUGAUUGAUUGGAUGAUAACAGCUGGUUGAGAUGAUUCUCCUUUCGGUGCCAUUAAACCAUUGCAGAAGAAGACACAAUGAGAUGAUGAGGUCAGUAAAAGACCUCCAGUCAAAGGUCAAAUGAUGGAAAUCAGACACAUGGUCAGUCUCCUCAUCGCUCCACACAGACACAAUGUUUUCAGCUCUUCAUUUUAAGGCUGCAGUCACUAAAAGACAGUUCAUUGUUGAGUCAGGUUGUCAAAAAAUGACGCUUUGGGACCAGGGAAUGAGAUUCAACAAUUAACUGUCUUCUCGGCUCUGAUUGGUUAAAUCCAGAUAUUCUGGUCCAUUGGAACCAUAUGCCACAAAGCUUAUCAAUGCCGGCAUUUGUUUGUCUGACAGUUGCACAUUGUAAAACAAUGAUGUCAAACUCAUGGGUCAGCUGCUGGAAACUAGUAACAAGAAGGAUGGUGAUGGUGGAGAGGAAGAAACGGCCCAAAGUGUGGCUCCAUUUGACAAAGAAACUCAAACUACUAGAACUACUAUAACGGUGUGUUCAGACACAGAGAAUAAAACAGUUGCGUUGAUGCCUAAAACCUCUCUUGGCCGACUGUUUUUCACACAGAAACUAAAAUUUUACUAAUUGGCUAAUCUACAUCAGUUGUUAGCUAGCUAGUUCCAUCUGAUCUUUAUUGGAGCACAGAGCAGGAAGAGGCAGAGUUUAGAUAGGGUCAGUUACUGUCAGCUUCAAUUAAUCUGCUGAUUAUUUUCUCCAUUGUUUGGUCAGGAAACAGUGAAACAUGCCGUUACAGUUUGUUGACCAACAGUUAUUAAUAUGAAAGAGAACAAAAAACAUAAAAUCUGACACCUGAAGAUGCUGAAACCAUAAAAUGUCAUUAAUCAAUAAUCAGCUGUUACCUGACAAACAUAACAAAGUACAAACUAUACCAUCUAACUAAAUUAAGUAACUGAAUGUUGAUCCAUUGUGUUACUUAAAGGUGUAGGGUAUGUGACGCUCCUGCUUUCUCUCUUCCUAUUGGCUCAGAGUCCUCAGGUGUGUGAUGCUACCUGCUGCUAACCUGUCUGUGUUUGCUAAAGUGAGGGGCUGCUCCUUUAAAGUGUAUUAAACAGCUUCUGAAUACUCAGCGUGUAAUAAUCAGCUCCAGUUAUGGGGCUCAAUAUAUAGACAGCAUUAUACAAUCUAUAACCUGACCGAUCGAUCAAUAUCUAUCUCUGAAGUGACCUGAACUUGUCCUGAUGGAGUCCUGAGGACCCAUCUGUCUCUGUCUGUCUGUCUGUCUGUCUGUCUGUCUCUGUGUCACAUGGUACUGAUGAUGAUGAUAAUGAUGAUGAUGAUGAUGACAAUGAUGAUGAAGGAGGAUGUGUGUGAUGCUUUCAGUUCACUGUGUCUCUUACUGCCUCAGCAUUAAAGUGUCAUUAUUGCCUUUAA